AUGCGCCCUCUCCCGCGAGGCUCUCGCCUCCUCGCCUCCCUCCGAUCCUCUCGCCGACCGUACUCGUCCUGUCCUGUCGACCUCUUCCCUUCCCUUGCGAGCCGUCCAUCUGCGCAACACCAGCUCUACCAAUCCCUCUCCACCGAUCCCUACGUCAACCUGUCCAUUGAGCAUUUUCUCCUGGAACACGCGCCUCCAGACUCCAGCAUUCUCUUCCUCUACAUCAACCGUCCGUGUGUCGUCAUCGGCCGCAAUCAGAAUCCAUGGCUCGAAACCAACUUGCAAGCGCUUUACAACGACCGGGGGAAGGACACGACACCAACCGACAGUGACGUCCUCUUUGUCCGUCGGCGAUCCGGCGGUGGUGCCGUGUUCCACGACGAAGGCAACCUCAACUACAGUGUUAUCUCGCCGCGCAACACCUUCACCCGGAACAAGCACGCGGAAAUGGUGGUGCAAGCAUUGCAUCGCAUUGGGGCGACACACGCCCGCGUCAAUGAUCGUCAUGACAUCGUCCUACCGAUAGACGACGGCCAGCCCCGAAAGAUCUCGGGAUCAGCCUUUAAGCUGACGCGACACCGCGCCCUACACCAUGGAACCUGCCUGCUGGAUUCGCCCAAUAUAAACGGAUUAGGCUACUUCCUGAAGUCGCCGGCCCGCGAUUAUGUCAAAGCAAAAGGCGUGGAGAGUGUGCGGUCGCCGGUAGCGAAUGUCUCGUCGGUCUUCGCCGACGCCUCGGCCCUCUUCUCCAUGCAAGGCGUCGUCGACAGCGUCAUGGAGGAGUUCGCCCGUCUAUACCAGGUCAGCCCGGAUGCGGUGCGUCGCGCCCAGCGCGCUCAUGUCGGCGAGCCCGAAUUGUAUACAGGCGAGAACUGGGUUGCGGGGGCCGUCGGAGAAGGCCUGGCUUACGGGGAACUAGAGAUUAAGAAAGGGCUGGAUGAAUUGACGUCCCUGGAUUGGAAGUACACUCAGACACCACAAUUCACCUUCUCCACUUAUCCAAUUGAGGAUGACCCCAGAGAGCGACCGCCGUUGCCGCCCACGCUUCCCCCUUCGACCCGAGUAUUCCUCCGCUGCAAGCAUGGUGCCAUUAUUGAGAGCCAUAUCUCGACUUCGGACGACCCAGCGGAAGCGUCCUCGCAGGCGAGCCGUGUACAUGAAGCCUUGAAUGGCCUGCAUCUUCAUGCGAUGCAACAAUCCCAAUGGGACAAUAUCCUGCUGGACCGGUUAGGUACGGACGCCAGCGUUGUCCACGAACUGUCCAACUUCAUCGGAAAGAAACUGGGCUGUCCGUAG